AUGUUAAAUGAAAAUAUCUGCAAAGCAAAUUUGUCUCUGUCUGGAUUAACUUGUGCUAGUUGCGUUCGAUCGGUUGAAAGUACAUUAAACAGACUUCCUGGUUUGGUUCCUUCUUCGAUUAAAGUCAAUCUAUUAAUGAGUAAUGCGGUCCUUGAAUUCGAAGAAAAUCAAUUAGGUAUUGACCAAAUUAAGCAAGCUAUACUUGACGCUGGUUUUGAUGUUGAAGAUGUUAAACUUGAAAAGAAAUACGAAAAACCUUCCUUAAUACAACAACCUAUCACCAUAAUUUCAAAUGAUCCUUCAACUCAUGAUGACAAAAAUGCAAUUCGUGAAACAAUCACAAAGUUAAUUGUGGGUGGUAUGACGUGUGCUUCUUGUGUAAGCGCUAUUCAACAUUCUCUUGAUUCAUUAAAGGGAGUAAUAGAAGCUCAUGUUAAUUUGCUGACCGGUGAAGCAACAAUCAAACAUGAUUUAAGUCAAAUUGGAAUACGCGAUCUUAUUCAAUACGUUGAAGAUACAGGAUAUGAAGCUGAACUCAAGAAGAAUCAAACUAAUAAAAAAAAUUCAAUUCGACAUCGUGCAGAAAAGGAGCAAAAGCUUCUUCGUACUCGAUUCCUUUUGUCUUUGAUCUUUUCCAUUCCAACAUUUUUAAUUGAAAUGGUAUUCAAAAUGAUUUUACCAAGUGAUAACCCUUUAAUCAAAGUUAUCUCGCACCAAAUAAUUCCUGGACUUGAGGUUGGAACCUUAAUUUUAUUCAUUCUCGCAACUCCCGUUCAAUUUAUUCUUGGUUAUCCAUUUUAUUUAAAAGGAUUUCGUUCCAUUUGGUACUCUCGCCAAGCAAAUAUGGAUACUUUGGUAGCGAUUGGAACAACUGUUGCAUACUUUAGUUCUAUUUUGAAUGUUAUAAUUCCAAUUGUUCAUAGAGAUGAUAAACCGGGCCAUCAAUUUUUUGAAACCUCAAUAUUUCUUAUGACUUUUAUUUUGCUCGGUAGAUGGUUAGAAGCCAAAGUGAAAGGUAAAACUUUUGAAACAAUAACAAAACUUAUGGAAUUACAACCGGACAAGGCGUCUCUUAUCACAAUUAUAUAUGACGAUGACAAUAAUGAAAAUAUUGUCGAAAAGGAAAUUGAUUUAGAUCUUGUCCAAGUUGAUGAUAUUCUUAAAAUUACUCCUGGAGCAAAGAUCCCAUGUGACGGCAAAAUAUUCCGAGGUACCACAUCCCUGGACGAAUCAAUGUUAACGGGCGAAUCUAUACCUGUGACGAAAUACGUUGAUGACGAGGUGAUAAGUGCUACAGUUAAUUUAUCAUCAAUGAUUUGGAUAAAAGCAACACGCGUGG